CAUCAUGGCGACUGAGGUAGACGACAUACAGGAAUUUCUGUCAAAUGAAUACAAGACCUGUAGUGUUUGUGGAGGUUUCUAUGGGACUAGUUUUGGUCAACCUGUUUGCAGCACCUGUCACUUGUUUCUGUUCCCUGAUGACAUCAACAACCCUGAGGAUAUCUCAUAUCUAGAGAAAACAGAUUCAGGAGACUCUGGGAAUGAAGAACCAGAUGAUGCAACAGCCUUUUUCCAAACAGAUGGCAGCUGUGCUGAGGCCCCUGCGGGGGCAGAGAGGCCUUCCAGAAGGGGCAUCUCUACCCCAGCCCCCACAAAGCCUGAUAAACUGGCGGAAAGGAUCGCCAACUUGACCAUGCCCAGAGAGUUUGACAAAGAGAAGAUUCCUGAGGGCUUGGUUGAUGCCUUACCAACAGAGGUGCUCCUAGUUGUAUUUAACUACCUGGAUGACAUCUCUCGCUGGAGUGCGGGCAAUGUGUGCAAUAGAUGGCAGCAGAUUAUGGAGGAUGAGACCACAGACGAGGAGUGGCAGCACUUUAUACGCCUGCGAUGGCCGCUGUUUGACCCCAAAUACAAAGUCAGGUGCUGGAGGACCAUUUAUACGAAACUAGUAGAAAGUGCACCUUGCAGGCUAUGCCUAAACAGAAUGAUGUUACAAAGUACACCUCCAAUAGAAGAAAACUCAUGGCGACAUCGGAGGUUACGGAGUGAGCUAAAAACUUUACAGACAGACCCCCCUGAAGGUAUCCAGGCAACCCCGCUGGACAAAUACUGCUGUCACUGGCAGGCGUCUAUCACGGGUCCUGCAGGGAGUCCGUAUGAAGGUGGAAUAUUUUACCUGUACCUGCAGAUUCCACACAGGUGA